GAGGUCUUUCAGUGGCCGCGACCCGCAACACCACCAAAAUACGGCCCUUAGACAAGAGGAUCAAACAGUGACACUGAAAAUUUAUGAUAUGAAUAAAUAUAAGCAUAUAAAAAGAGUACUCUGAAUCAUGGAAGACGCGACACCUGCACCAACUGAACACACGGUUAAUCAAGAUGAACUUAUCCUUCAGCAGCAACGGAGUAUAGAGAAAGAGAUAUCUGAAUCAAUACCGCUGAUUGGAGAAAAAGAAACAUUAAAGGGUCUUGAACGUGAGUAUGAAGAAGAUCAGGUUUAUUUGUCGAAAGCUAGAGUCUUGGGAGAAAAAUAUUCAUUUAUAAGACGUACCAGGCCUGAUGGCAACUGUUUUUUUCGGGCAUUCAGUUAUGCUUACCUCGAAAGACUGAUCAAUAAUAAAGAUGAGUAUGAAAAGUUCAGGGAGCUUGCCCUUAAAAGUAAAGACAAUUUAGUUGCUUUAGGAUUUCCUAAAUUCACUGUCGAGGACUUUCAUGAUACAUUUAUGGAAGUUAUUGAUAAAGUUGGUGGUGAUUCUGAAACCAGUCAUGCAGAGUUACAUAAAUUUUUUAAUGAACAAGGAUACUCUGAUUACAUUGUUGUAUAUCUUAGAUUAAUAACUUCUGGUCAGUUGCAAAAGGAGGCGGACUUUUAUCAAAAUUUUAUUGAAGGUGGCCGAACGGUUACUGAAUUUUGUCAUCAGGAAGUGGAACCAAUGUACAAAGAGUCUGACCACAUCCAUAUAAUAGCGAUGAGCACGGCAUUAAACACCGGAGUCAGAGUUAAAUAUAUGGAUCGUGGUGCAGGGACAGAAAUUGUAGCCCAUGAUUUUCCAGAAGGUUCAACGCCAUCAGUUCACUUAUUAUAUCGACCUGGUCACUAUGACAUUCUAUAUCCCUGAUAAUGAUAUUGAUAUUAAUAAUAAUAAUGAUUUAUUACUACUGCUUAAUGUAAUCAAUUUUUAACAUAAACCCGUUUUUUGCGAUAA